CUCCCCGGCCGAAAUUAACCACCUCGGCCGCCCGCCACACGCUACGUAAUCGCACAUUCCCGCGACAGCAGCAGCAGCAGCCAUCCCGCAGCCCCCCCAAUGGCGUCACCUCUCUCCCCCGACGACGAUGUCUUUGAUCGUCUCAAAGCGUCCGCCGAUCCCGAGGUCGUCUCGGAGCGCGAAAAGGCUGUGCAGGAGCGAGUCCGUGCGCAGUACGAGAAGGCGCAGAGGCGCCUUGCCGGGCUGAUCGAAGACAAUUCCACGCUGCCGGUCAACAUCGCUGAUAUCCGGAUACAUGGAACGAAGAUCACAAGGGAGGGGUUCUUGAAGAGUGUGUUUGCGGAUGCGCUCAAGGAGGAGAAGCAGAAGUCUUAUACACUGAAGACCGUAAUGGAGGAGCUGCAGAGGACGACGGAUAAGCUGCAUCGGUUCGGUAUUUUCCACCCGACGAUAAACAUGUACCUCGACCAGGCACACUCGUCCAGCGGCACGGCACUCUCAGCACUUCUUACGGUCCAGGAGCGAGGAAGGUUGGUGUUGAAGACGGGAACGGAGCUCGGCAAUGCCGAGGGUGGGGGAUACUUGAAUGCUACACUACGCAAUGUCUUCGGUGGUGCGGAAAGUAUCUAUGCCUCGGCAACCACCGCCACAUCUACCGCCGACGUCGGCGCUCGCUCCCGUUCCUCCUACGAACUCGCUUUCGCGACCCCUAUCGCCGCGAACCCGGACACCGUUGCGGAAGUCGCUGGAUUUUCGUCGGCCCGGAGCAACCACUUCUUUGCAUCCCACGAGGAAGCGACCCAGGGUGUUCGCGCAGGCUUGCGCUUUCUGAGUAGCCACGGCUCCCACGAACUCGGAUACACCGGCGCAUGGCGACAAGUCACCAACCUCUCCGACGGAGCCUCGCCCACCAUCCGUGAAGAUGCCGGCGACACCGUAAAAUCCUCCAUCACGCACACCUUCACCACCGACACGCGCGACAACAAGCUCCUCCCUAUGACCGGUUCGCUCUUCCGCAACAUAACCGAGCUCGCCGGACUCGGCGGCGACGUCUCCUUCCUCAAGAACGAGCUCGAAGCGUCCCGGUCCCACCCGCUCGCCCACGGAAUCUCCUUCUCCGCCGGCCUCCGCGCCGGAGUCAUCGUUCCCCUCCCGGGGCUUUCCGAAGGCACACCCGCGCGUCCCUCGCGUAUAAACGACCGCUUCUUCCUCGGCGGCGCCACCGACAUCCGCGGCUUCCGCGAGAACGGCAUCGGGCCGCGCGACGGCAACGAUGCCGUCGGCGGCGACGUAUACCUCGCCGGCGGCGCAUCCGUGUUCUUCCCGCUACCCCGCCUCGGCGUCGACUCCCCCUUCCGCCUACAAGCAUUCGUCAACGGCGGCCGUCUCGUCGCGCUCCAGAAACCGGCCGAUGGCGAGAAAUCAUCCACCACCACCACCACCCUCCUGGAUGCGGUGAAGGAGGUCGGAGUGGGCCUGCCGAGUAUUGCGGCUGGCGUCGGACUGGUCUAUGCCCACCCCGUAGCGCGGUUUGAAUUGAACUUUGCCCUGCCCGUGGUUAAGCGCGAGAAUGAGCGUGCCAGGAAGGGGCUGCAGUUUGGUGUCGGAAUUAGCUUUUUGUAGUGAGCAGCGUAUGUAGGAUAUACUUGUGCGUUGUGCCUGGGCGAGGAAAAAUGGGACAUCUUUUGUAUUAUGGAUUGGAUUGCGGGAGGGGAACGUGGAUGGAUCGAUCAGUACCUAGAGGGAAUAGAUGCGGCUGUACUGCGAAAUGGAUAUGGAUAUGGAUAUGGAGUUGGUGGUGGUAUCCGUGAAUCGGUUGGGCAGGGUCGUUGACUCGGCGGUAGAGACGUCUCCGCGCAGAGAAAUAUCCCAUCAUUGUUAGAACCGUGGUAUCUCACUGUAUCAUCAGAAACAUCAGGUAAUUCUCACUCGGUU